GCUCCUGGCCACGAAGGUGUUCCAAGUUCGCCAUUCUAGGUGUGCCGAAUAUCGUUUGAGAUUGACUCCGUAAGUACGCAAAGGGAACCGACUCCUCCGAGGCAAAUAAGAUCAAAAAUUGGCCCCGCUGUUCUUUGAGAGCAAAUCAUGGCCACAAGCGAGAUCUCCGUCACUACAGAGCACGAUGAGCCUCGACCAGAAGAACCACGACGCAACGCUUAUCACCGGAAUAAAGACCACCGCCUGCGGAGAUUGCUCACGAUGGAGACAUCUCUCGCAAAGAACAUUCACAAGUGUAACCCACAGACAGAUUCGCCCAUCUGGAGACUUCCACAGGAGAUUCGCGACAUGGUGUGUGGUUCAACAUUUUCUUUGUCUUCUGGUUUGCUAUCACGCUUCCUCAUUUAGAACGGCUUAUGCAAACGACUCACAAAUGUGGCCUCCUUGGCAUCUACGUAGAUCUUCCCACUCAUCACGGCCCAGUACGAAGACACGUCACAAGCGUAUGAAAA